GACUCCAUGAGAGGAGAUGAGCUUCCUGCCUGACAUAACUCACUUGAAGAAGUGCACAAUGUCAGAACGUGGACUCAAGUGGGCUUGUGAGUACUGUACGUAUGAGAACUGGCCGUCUGCGAUCAAGUGCACCAUGUGUCGCGCUCAGAGACCCGGCGGAACAAUCAUCACAGAAGACCCAUUUAAGAGCGGUUCCAGCGACGUGGGCCGAGACUGGGACCCCUCCGGCACGGAGGGAGGAAGCAGUCCUUUGAUCUGUCCGGACUCCAGCGCGAGACCGAGGGUUAAGUCUUCGUAUAGCGUGGAAAACGCCAACAAGUGGUCCUGCCACAUGUGCACGUACUUGAACUGGCCGAGAGCGAUCCGCUGCACGCAGUGCUUGUCACAGCGCAGGACCCGCAGCCCCACCGAAUCUCCGCAGUCCUCAGGCUCUGGCUCGAGACCGGUCGCUUUUCCCGUUGACCCUUGCGAGGAAUACAAUGACAGAAACAGGCUGAACACGAGGACCCGGCACUGGACUUGUUCCGUGUGCACAUAUGAAAACUGGGCCGAGGCUAAACAGUGUGUUGUGUGUGACCACCCCAGGCCCAAUAACAUGGACGCCAUAGAGCUGGCGGAGGCGGAAGAGGCCUCUUCGAUCAUCAACGAGCAAGACAGAGCUCGGUGGCGGGGAGGCUGCAGCAGCGGCCAGAGAAGGUCGCCGCCGGCCACGAAGCGGGACUCUGAGGUGAAGAUGGACUUUCAGAGGAUCGAGCUGGCUGGCGCUGUCGGCAGCGAGGAGGAGCUGGAAGUGGACUUCAAAAAACUCAAGCAGAUCAAAAACAGGAUGAAAAAGACCGACUGGCUGUUCCUCAAUGCCUGUGUGGGGGUGGUGGAAGGCGAUCUGGCUGCGAUCGAAGCGUACAAGGCCUCGGGAGGGGACAUCGCCCGCCAGCUCUCGGCAGACGAGGCGCACUUGCUGAACCGGCCCUCUGCCUUCGACGUGGGUUACACACUGGUGCACCUGGCCAUCCGCUUCCAGCGGCAGGACAUGCUGGCCGUACUGCUGACCGAGGUGUCUCAGCAGGCGGCAAAGUGUAUCCCAGCCAUGGUGUGUCCCGAGCUGACGGAGCAGAUCCGGCGAGAGAUCGCAGCCUCUCUUCAUCAGAGAAAAGGAGAUUUCGCUUGCUACUUCCUGACGGACCUUGUGACGUUUACGCUGCCGGCAGAUAUUGAAGAUUUGCCUCCAACAGUACAAGAAAAAUUAUUUGAUGAGGUGCUUGAUAGAGAUGUUCAAAAAGAGCUGGAAGAGGAGUCUCCAAUCAUAAACUGGUCCUUGGAACUGGCCACACGUUUAGAUAGUCGGCUCUAUGCACUUUGGAACCGGACCGCUGGAGACUGCUUACUGGACUCGGUACUCCAGGCGACCUGGGGCGUUUAUGACAAGGACUCGGUGCUGCGGAAAGCCUUGCAUGACAGCCUUCACGACUGCUCACACUGGUUUUACACCCGUUGGAAAGAUUGGGAAUCCUGGUAUUCUCAGAGCUUUGGCUUACACUUUUCCCUGAGAGAAGAGCAGUGGCAAGAAGACUGGGCGUUCAUACUUUCUCUCGCCAGUCAGCCUGGAGCCAGUUUGGAGCAGACGCACAUCUUUGUACUUGCACAUAUCCUUAGACGACCAAUCAUAGUGUACGGAGUCAAAUACUACAAGAGUUUCCGGGGCGAAACUUUAGGAUACACUCGCUUUCAAGGUGUUUAUCUGCCUUUGUUGUGGGAACAGAGCUUCUGUUGGAAGAGUCCGAUUGCUCUGGGCUACACCAGGGGCCACUUUUCCGCUUUGGUUGCCAUGGAGAACGAGGGCUAUGGCAGCCGAGGGGCCGGUGCUAACCUCAACACGGACGACGACAUCACCAUCACCGUCCUGCCUCUGGUGGACAGCGAGAGGAAGCUGCUCCACGUGCACUUCCUGUCUGCUCAGGAGCUAGGUAACGAGGAGCAGCAGGAGAAGCUGCUCAGGCAGUGGCUGGACUGCUGCGUGACCGAGGGGGGCGUGCUGGUGGCCAUGCAGAAGAGCUCGAGGCGGCGCAGUCACCCCCUGGUCACGCAGAUGGUGGAGAAGUGGCUCGACCGCUACCGCCAGCUCCGGCCCUGCACGUCCCUGUCGGACGGCGAGGAGGACGAGGACGACGAGGACGAGUAGGGCCGGGGAGCGGAGACCGCGGCAAGCAGAGAGCCUCGGCCCGGGGGGCCCCUUCCUCACCGGAGGCGCGCGCGAGGAGAGGAGACAGAACUGCGGCCGAACUAGUUUGUGAACAAACUAAUUUGAUUAAGACAGAACCUUUUUCCUUUCAAAUCGUCAAUCUGUCUGUAAAGCAACGCAUGUGGUUGUGUCAGAAGUCUCGUCCCAGGAGAAGUCGUGCCAGCAGCAUCUUCAUUUUUCUCCAGUUCUUCCCAGCACAGGCACCCAGAGAAGCACAUGGCAGGGCACAGUGCUCCUUUCCUCAGCAGGGCUGGCCUUCUGCCCCCGCUGCCACACACAGCCUCUUCAGUGAGUCUCACGAGAGUACCACAUCUGGACGACUGUCUGUGCCAGCCACCCGCAGCCAAACGAGAGCAGCUUCUGGUCUAUUAAGCACCUAGCUCUCGUGCCCGGUGGAAUCAAACCGCGAGCAAAGUCGACGUUUCUUUUUUCUUUUUUCUUUUUGGCCCUUAUGUGGGCGGGAAGGGAUUUUGGUUUCUAUUAUUGGUUUUGUCGAAGUUUUCUGCCACGCCCCUUCUAGUAUAUAGGUAUUUAUUUGUUUGGAAGAGUUCCCUUGCUGCGAGGGCUCUUAGACCAGACUUCUGUUUGUGAAUAGGUAAUUCCUGGAUGUAAAUUAGGGAAGCGCUUGGAGAACAGGCCCAUGUGUAAUGCAAUGAAUUGUGUGGAAUUCACUCACUCGACUCGAUGGACAAUGUCAUAUUCCCAAGUCGCCACGCAGAGUCUUUGGAUUCUCACUGUCGUCCGUCACCGACUCUGCUCUAAGCAAACCGUGUAGGAAGGCAUGCCUUUGCUCGGGCCAAUUGGGAAUGUCAGUUUAACGCAGAAUAAAAGAUCUACAAAGCAGCAA